UUCUUCCUCCCAACCAGAGCGACUUCCAACUGGCAGCACUAUUCAGCCCUCCCAGGCCGCCACUUUCAUGAAUGAUGCCAUGGAGAAGGCAAGGAAAGCAGCUGAACUACAAGCCCGCACCCAAGCCCAGCUGGCACUGAAGCCAGGGCUCAUUGGCAAUGCCAAUAUGGUGGGCCUGGCCACUUCAUGCCAUGGGCAUUGCUCCCCCGAAGGAUGAAUUAAAAGAUCAAACUAGGGCUGGCUUUAGCUCAGCGAUUCCUUCGCAUAUAAAAGAUCAAACUAGUGGCAUCGGAGGGUCUGGAGCCGAGGACGUGGGCCCCCGAGCUGCGAGCGCAGGGGAAGGAGCUCGAGGCGGCUCGGUGAUCACUCGGUGCAGCGCCCAAGUGGAAAUGAGUUCUCAACAGUUUCCUCGGUUAGGAACUCCUUCCACUGGGCUAAGCCAGGCUCCUUCGCAGAUCGCCAGCAGUGGUUCUGCAGGACUGAUAAACCCAGCAGCGACAGUCAACGAUGAAUCUACUCGAGAUGCUGAAGUCACUGCCAGGGAGCACAUGGGUUCCAGCAGUUCCCUCCAGGCCCGUGAAGAGAAGCAAGAGCUUGUGGUGAGGCCCUACCCACAGGUGCAGAUGCUGUCGACACACCAUGCUGUCGCACCGGGCACCCCUGUCACUGUGACAGCCCCACCAGCACAUCUGACGCCUGCAGUGCCACUCUCAUUUUCGGAGGGACUUAUGAAGCCGCCUCCGAAGCCCACGAUGCCGAGCCGCCCCAUUGCUCCUGCUCCACCUUCUACCUUGUCACUGCCCCCCAAGGCCUCAGGGCAGGUCACAGUUACCAUGGAGAGCAGCCUCCCACAGGCCUCAGCCAUUCCCGUGGCAACAAUCAGUGGACAACAGGGCCAUCCCAGUAACCUGCAUCACAUCAUGACCACCAAUGUGCAGAUGUGCAUUAUCCGCAGCACUGCUCCUGGGCGCCCCCUACACAUUGGAGCUUCUCAUUUACCUCGAGGUGCAGCAGCUGCUGCUCUGCUGUCUAGUUCUAAAGUAACCACAGUCCUGAGGCCGACUUCCCAGUUGCCAAAUGCUGCAGCCACUCCACCAGCAGUCCAGCACAUCAUUCACCAGCCAGUCCAGUCUCGUCCACCUGUGACAACUUCUAAUACCAUCCCUCCUGCCGUGGUAGCAACUGUCUCAGCCACCAGAGCUCAGUCUCCAGUCAUUACUACAACAGCAGCACAUGCUACUGAUUCAGCACUGAGUCGGCCAGCUUUGUCUAUCCAGCACCCGCCAUCUGCGGCCAUCAGCAUUCAGCGCCCCCCACCCCCACCCCAGUCACGGGAUGCAGCAACAGGAAUCACACUGCCCUCGCACCCUGCCUUAGGGACACCAAAGCAGCAGCUUCACACCAUGGCUCAGGAAACAAUCUUCAGCACGGGCACCCCAGUGGCUGCGGCGACAGUGGCACCCAUUUUGGCGACCAACACAAUCUCUUCAGCAACCACAGCCGGAUCUGUGUCACACACACAAGCCCCCACGAGUACAAUUGUUACCAUGACAGUGCCCUCCCAUUCAUCCCAUGCUACUGCUGUGACCACCUCAAACAUCCCAGUUGCUAAGGUGGUGCCUCAGCAGGUCACACACACUUCUCCUAGGAUCCAGCCCGAUUACCCCACAGAGAGGAGCAGCCUGAUGCCCAUUUCAGGACAUCGGGCCUCUCCAAACCCUGUGGCCAUGGAGACUCGAAGUGACAAUAGACCAUCUGCUCCUGUCCAGCCAGUACCUCCCAUUACUUUGCUCCGUCCCUAUCGGAACCCCAGGAAAGCUGCUUACCACCACUUUCAGCGAUACAGUGACGUCCGGGUUAAAGAGGAGAAGAAAGCCAUGCUGCAGGAAAUCGCCAGCCAAAAGGGAGUGUCCUGUCGUGCCCAAGGCUGGCAAGUCCACCUCUGUGCUGCCCAGUUGCUACAGCUGACGAAUCUAGAGCACAACGUUUAUGGAAGGCUCACCACCCUCCAGGAAGGGAUCGUCCCCAAGAAGAAAGCGGCGACGGACGACAACCUGCACCACAUCAACGAACUCAUCCAGGGGAACAUGCAGAGGCGUAAGCUGGUGAUGGAUCAGAUCAGCGAGGCCCGAGACUCCAUGCUGAAGGUUCUAGAUCAUAAAGACCAUAGAUGGCCAUAGAUUUGCUCCGGGGCAAAGCAGCUGUCAAAGAUGUGGAAGAAGAAACUUUUCCUACACAGCUGAGCAGGCAUAUUAAGUUUGGUCAGAAAUCGCAUGUGGAGUGUGCUCGAUCUUCUCCAGAUGGUCAGUAUUUGGUCACUGGGUCUGUUGACGGAUCCAUUGAAGUAUGUGACUUCACAACUGGGAAAAUCAGGAAGGAUCGUAAGUACCAGGCCCAGGAUAACUUUAUGAUGAUACACAUGCUGUUCUCUGCAUGUGUUUCAGCAGAGAUACAGAAAUGUUAGCAACUGGGGCCCGAGAUGGAAAAAUCAAGGUCUGGAAAA